AGAUAAUUAAUAUAUAAGAGAGGAAACGGUGUGGCAGCAGUUUACGAUUCAGCAUGGCGGUAGCCAGACUUCUCGGAAUUUUUAUUUUACUUUUUUAUCUUAAGGGUACAUAUAGCCAGCAAGGCUUAGAGGUCCAAAACCUAGGACUUCAUAUAGUUCCAAACAUACAAGGGGUGCAAAAGGUGCAAAUUCAAAAUCCCAAUCAAGUGACUACAAAUGCACAAUCGCCAAAUUUGCAACAGACAAAACUACAACAACAACAAGCUUGGCAGCAGCAACAGGCUUUACAGUUUCAACAAGCUUUACAACAACACCAGGCGCUUCAACAUGACGUUAUUCAACAACAGCAAAUGUCGCAGCAAGAGGCUCAUCAUCAACAGCAGACCACACAGCAACAGAAAGCUUUACAACAACAACAAGCUUUUCAACUGCAACAAGCUUUACAAGAGCAGCAAGCUUUACAACAACAACAGGUGUUAAUGAAACAACAACAACAACAAGCUCUGCAACAACAACAAGCUAUGCAACAACAACAAGCUUUGCAGCAACAACAGGUUCUGCAACAGCAACAGACUAUGCAACAACAACAGGUUUUGCAACAACAACGGGCUAUGCAACAACAACAAGCUCUGCAACAACAACAGGCUCUGCAACAGCAGGCUAUACAGCAACAACAAGCGUUGCAACAACAGCAAGCAUUGCAACCGGCUUUACAGCAGCAAGUAUUGCUACCAGUUAACUUGCAAACAAAUCAUCAAUCGUUAAAUAUGUUUUCGCCUAACAAAGUUCAAUCCGUCAAUGUGCAGCAACCACAAAGCUUAGCGCAAAUUAAUUUACAAACAGCAAAUUUACCGUUACAUGGAUCAAACUCUGAAUUAAACAUAGCAUCUUUACCAAAUGUUAAACUGUCUACAUCACAAACAAAUACUGGGACAGCCUCGACUACAAAAAAUAUUCCUACAAUACAAUUCACUUCUUUAAAAUUUGUGCCAGUCGUAGACCAGAAAUCAAGUGCGUUAUUGCAAAGCCAGGUUGCACCUAGUGUCCCAGAAUUGAAAAUAACCCCACCACAAUGUGGAGUUAACCAAAUUACUGCAAACCCUAUGAGCUUUCAACAAAGUCAACCUAUAAUCCCCAAUAUGUCCACGCAAAAUUGUCCCAAACUGAGUGCAACCAUAAAUCAGUUACCUUCAGUUAAUUUUAAUUCUCUUCACACACAACCUCCCUUGAUCACGCCGAAUCAAAUGCCACUACAAUCGCAUUCAACUUUCAUGUUUCAAAAUCCAACAUUAUCUCCCGGGCAAAACCUCUUGAAUACUUUACAGAGCCCUUCAAUUAUUUCUCCGAUUAAUCAACCGUCACUAGCAUUACAGAAUAGUUUAUUGCAAACAUUGCCAAAAACUCCAUCAUUGGCAAUGCCACCGCAAAUUCCUGUUUCGACAAUUCAGACUCCGCCGAUACUUCCGUCGAUCCACACUCAGCCAAUACUUUCGGAGAUUCGUCAUCAACCUUCACUUCCUUCUAUAGAGAACCAAGCUAUAUUUUCAUCGAUUCAGAAUCAACCACUAAAUGUUCCAGUGCAGAUUCAACCUCCUGUUUCUGCAUCUUUCAGUUCACCAACACUGACCGUACAAAAUCAACCAACAUUUUUAAUGCCAGAUCGCGUUCAAAACCAGAAUAUUAUGUCAAUACAAAGUCAACCAACAAUUGCAGUUCAAAAUCCCCAAAUUUUCUCAUCAGCCCAAAAUCAACCAUUAUUUUUACCAACACCAGGCCACAAUAUGAAUAUUCAAACUCAACCAACACUUACCUCAGUAUCAAAUCAAAUACCAAUUCAAACACAAAUUCCAGCAACAAUACUGAAUCAAAAUCAUCAAUUGCAGACAUCAAUACCUAGUCAACCAAUUGUGUUGCCACAAACGCAAACAUUUACUGCGUUCCAGAAUCCACCGGCGUCAACAUCGACUCAAUUCCAAUCUUCAAUGACGCCACAGAAUCAAUUAAUGUCUAUUCAAAAUCAACCGACAAUAUCGACCGUGCAAACUCAAUCUGUGCCAUCAAUGCAUACCGUGAGCACAGUUCAAAGCCACCCAAUAGUCAUGACGUCUAAUCAACCGUCAAUCAUUCCUCUUCAAAGUCCAGCGUACUCCAUUCUUUUGCCACCUGUACAAUCAGAAUCUUCUCAACCUUAUUUAACUGUGUCUCCUGUUAUAUCACCACCGCCACCGGCAAAGCAGUCGAAAUCCUCAAGCCUGAAGUCACUGGUUCCUUUGUUAAUCAACAUAUUAAAGGAGCGAAGUUGCGGUUGCCAUAACUGCAACUGUAUGAAUAAGAAUAACCAUGAACCUACAGUGCAUGGCGGUUAUUCCAACCAGAAGAACUAUGGCCCGCUUCCAAGUGAACCGUCGUUCUUGCCUGGAGUUGGCAUCGAGCCUGGAGAGCUUUUCAGACCCAGUCGAUCCGAUAAUGUAUCUGAUCCAAAAGACAAUAUAAAAAAUCUUAUAGAUAACGAUAGUCUUGAAGAUUCUGAUGACGAUUCAGAAUAUGUCGACGACGAAGAUAAUGAAGAAUAACAUUGCGUAUAAUAAUAUAUUUAAUUUAUAUACUGUAACUUAUUUUAUUUGUAAUAUUUAUUGAAUAUAUUUAUAUGUUUUAUAAUAA